GCCUUGGGCCAGGCUCCUCCGAGCCCGGCCAGGCCCGUGCUGAAAAUGCAGAGCAUGGGUGAUUUGGGCAUCAUGGUGGCAUUUUACAGUGACUACCUACUCAAGGGUACCUGUUUGAACUUCUGGUGGCAGCUUGCCCCCCAUUCCCUCCCUGUGGCAGACGCACCAUGUGCCCUUUGAGUCGGCAUCAUAGAGUGCUACCCUGCAACAGGAAGGUCCGGUGACGCUAGUGGGCUCCUGCAGCCAUGGUCAAGUUUGCCAAGCACUUGGAGCUGCAGCUGGUUCCGGAAUGGAGGGACGCAUAUGUGAGCUACAAGAAGCUCAAGAAGGACAUCAAGCGCAUUCCCCCCGUCCGCCUGCGCACCUUCCGCGGCUCCAGUGGGGGCAGCGUUCACGGUGGUGGCGAGCAGGACCCCGAUGCGGACGGCCAGAGGACGCCACGCCGCCGCAGCUCGGCAUCGCUCAACACCCUCAUCCGGCGCAGCAGGUCCCGUGCCCGCCUCCAGCCCGGCACCGACUACAUCACCGUGCGCACCGUGCGCGGCGACGCAGCGGACGGCAGUGCCGACACAUACUACACGGACGUGCUGCCGCCCGUCAACGAGUCCCCCGAGGAGGUCACAUUCUUUGCGCGCAUGGACGCUCAGCUGAACAAGGUGAACCUCUUCUAUGGCAAGAAGGAGCAGGAGUACAGUGCCCGCCUGCAGCACCUGGAGCGCCAGAUCGCAGCGCUCAAUGAGAUGAAGAGCGCGCUGGCCAAGAAGCAGGAGCAAAUGAACGCUGCCGCAUCUUCCUCGCCUCGUUCUCCUGAAGGGCCCCAGUCCCCCCGUGCUGAGACCGCGCCAGCCGUUGCCAAUGAGGCACUUCCCAGGGUGGCGCUGCAAGAAUUGGCCAACGGAAGGGACGCCGACGGAGUGCAGAAUGGCAGGCAGGGCGCAGACAGGAGGCGGGAAGCCAGUACGCCUGCGGGCCAGUCGGGGUAUCGAGAUGGGGAGAACUGCCAGCGUGAGGCAAUGGACGGCGAGACGACGAUUCCUGACAUCAGGAGCCUGCGCCUGGUCAUCCCGGCGGCCACGCCUGUGCUGGCGCUUAACAAGAUGUCGCGCGUAUUGUGGAACGACAUUGCGCGGUCCGGCACGCGUGCGGAGAGCGUCCUGGCGGAGCUGAGCGACGACGUGACGGAGGUCCUGAAGCAGAGCCGCAGCACCAUCAAGAGGGCCGAGAAGCUGCUGCACAGCGCCACCGUCGAGUUCUACCGCGGCCUCGGCCUGCUCAAGAGCUUCAGCUCGCUGAACACGGUGGCGUUCGGCAAGAUCUUGAAGAAGCACGACAAGGUGGUGGGGUGGACCGCAGCGCGCCCGUACCUGGCUGCGGUGGAGCGCGCGCACUUCUGCGCGUCGCCGGCGGUGGUGCAGAUGAUGGCGGCCACGGAGGCGCUGUUCACCAAGCAGUUCGCGGGGGACAGCCACAAGCAGGCCAUGCAGGUGCUGCGCCCCGUGCACCGCUCUGCCUCCCACCAGGUCACCUACGCGCUCGGCUUCUUCAGCGGCUGCAUCCUGUCGCUGCUCAUCACUUUCAUCGUGCUCAUCUCCAACGCGGGCGGUUACGACCAGCGCGGCGGGGCCGACUACCUCCACUCAGUCUUCCCGGUCUUCACGGCGAUGCUGCUGCUGCUGCUGCACAUGUUCGUGUACGGCGGCAACGUUUACUGCUGGCGCAUCAAGCAGAUCAACUACUCCUUCAUCUUCGAGUUUCGCCCCGGCACUGAGCUGCGCGUCCGCGAGGUGCUGCUGGCGGCGUCGCUGAUGACCACGCUCACGCUGGGCGGCAUGGUGCUCCACCUCGUGCUGCACACGGCGGACCCGCGCGUGCACGGCGGCGCUGGCGAGUACAUCCCGCUCGCAGUGCUCCUGGUGUGGCUGGCGGUGUUUUUGUGCCCGCUGGAUCUCUUCUGGCGGCCCAGCCGCAUGUUCCUGCUGCGCAUCCUGCGCCACCUGGCCCUCGCCCCGCUCUACCGGGUCAUGCUCGCCGACUUCUUCGUGGGCGACCAGCUCACCAGCCAGAUUCCGUUCCUGCAGCAGCUGCAGUACUGCUGCUGCUACUACUUCGGCGGCCACUUCAAAAACCGCGACGGCGCCGCCUGCACCGGCAAUGGCACGUACCGCAGCAUGCUCUACGUGGUCGCAAUCCUGCCCUACUGGUUCCGCUUCGCGCAGUGCUGGCGGCGCUUCUUCGAGGAGGGCCGCGAGCGCGUGCACGUGGCCAACGCGGGCAAGUACCUGAGCGCCAUGCUGGCGGUCAGCUUCCGCCUCUGGUACCUCAACAGCGGCACCCGCGCGGGCCUCGUCCUGAGCAUCAUCGCCGCGGUGGUCGCGACCGCGUACCAGGCGUACUGGGACCUGGUCAUGGACUGGGGCCUCCUGCGGCGGCACGCUCGCCACCCCUGGCUGCGCGACCAGCUCGUGCUCAAACACAACAGCAUCUACUACGCCGCCAUGGUGGCGGACGUGGUGCUGCGGCUGGCGUGGAUCCAGUCCAUCUCGCGCUUCCGCUUCGGGGGCCGGGUGCCGCCCAGCAUCAUGACGCUCAUCGCGGCGUCGCUGGAGGUGCUGCGCAGAGGGCUCUGGAACUUCUUCCGGCUGGAGAACGAGCACCUGAACAACGUGGGCAAGUUCCGGGCGGUGCGCUCCAUCCCGCUGCCGUUCAAGGACCUCGAGGGAGCAGAGGUGUAGCACAGCACGGCGCCGCAAGUCUCGAGAGUCCUGGCGGUGCAGAGCCGUGUGUUGUACAUAUGUAGGGUGGUGCCGGGCAGGCCAGCAGUGGCGGCCACGAGACAGCUUGAUGCUGGCGGUACUCGCGACGCUCUGCAGCCCGCUCUGAAGCUACGCAUGCGUCAAAGGUAAGUUAUGGCCGCAGAUCAGUCCUAGAAGACUGCAGCUCAAAGAACGACAGUUUUGGUCGAUUCCAAGAUUCAUAGUACUCGAAACCUUGAUAUCAAGGAAACCGGCGAGCCCAGAUGGGUCGAGCGGUUCUGACUAGAGAAAUAGAGGGUGACAAGUUGACUUCCUGCUACGUUCAAGCUUAGGAACGGCCAAUCCUAUAAUUGCGACUGCAUGCUUUUAAUGACGUGUACACUUUUAACUGACGAAACAUAUUUUAAUUAGUUCAACAGCUUUUACGCUUACCUUUCGUGGAGGAGUAAAUUCAUG